CGCAGAACCGGCGCCUUCUCCUUGCUGGUGGGGUCGUGGCCUUGCUCCCGCUGCGGGAGGAGAGGCUGCCGGCGUCUCCGCGCGCGUGAGUGCGCCUGGAGCCUGAAGCCCUCGUGGGUCCGCGCUAGGUCUCUGCGGGGGCAGAAGCAGGAGCCAUGGGCGGGACCGCCAGCACCCGCCGGGUCACCUUCGAGGCGGACGAGAAUGAGAACAUCACCGUGGUGAAGGGCAUCCGGCUUUCGGAAAAUGUCAUUGAUCGAAUGAAGGAAUCCUCUCCAUCUGGUUCGAAGUCUCAACGGUAUUCUGGUGUUUAUGGUGCCUCAGUUUCUGAUGAAGAAUUGAAGAAAAGAGUAGCUGAGGAGCUGGCAUUGGAGCAAGCCAAGAAAGAAUCUGAAAAUCAGAAACGACUAAAGCAAGGCAAAGAGCUGGAGCGGGAGAGGGCUGCUGCUAACGAGCAGUUAACCAGAGCUAUCCUUCGAGAGAGGAUAUCAAGUGAGGAGGAACGCUCUAAGGCAAAGCACCUGGCUAAGCAGCUGGAAGAGAAAGAUCGAGUGAUAAAGAAGCAGGAUGCAUUCUACAAAGAGCAGCUGGCUAGACUGGAGGAGAGGAGUGCAGAGUUCUACAAAGUCACCACUGAGCAGUAUCAGAAAGCUGCUGAAGAAGUGGAAGCAAAGUUCAAGCGGUAUGAGUCUCAUCCAGUCUGUGCUGAUCUGCAGGCCAAGAUCCUCCAGUGCUACCGCCAGAACACCCACCAGACCCUCAGCUGCUCUGCUCUGGCCAGUCAGUACAUGCAGUGUGUCAACCAGGCCAAACAGAGCAUGCUUGAGAAAGGAGGUUAAAAUCAAGUUUUAAAACACACAAAACUCCUUCAACGUUAAUUCCAGAGGUGGAACAUUUUUUUUCCUAGUAAGAAAAAUAACUCAUUUAAAGAGAAGAUCAUUAUUAAAGAGAAGUACUGGAAAACGGAUUCAACGGAAUCAUUUCAAGUUUUGAUCACCUGCAGUUUGAAAAGUCAAGGCCUAGAUCGUUCAUCAAAGAACAUCGUUCAAUAUUACUGAACCCCACUUACAAUGAUUAAAAGACAGGGGCAGCCCUUUCCACCUUUUUGUACUUUCUGUUCAACUUCUACUGACCAUAAAAUGUUUCUCUUCUAACCAAGCUCCAUCAUUUGGUGAACCUCCACUCUAACAAAGUGGGGUGGGGGUGAGGGGCUGAGUGAAUUGAGUGGAGAAAGGAGAGAGGGGGAAAAAAAGCAUUGAUUCUGGGGCAACGGUGCUGGAUGGAAUUGUCUGGGCUGUGGCAUGUUGGUUUUCUUUCUUUUUCUUUUCUCCUUUGAUUACAUAAGAGCUAUUUCAUUUUAACUUAUUAUGGUGAUCAUGCAAGUAAGAAGGCCAAAAGGAAAGAAAAUGUACCUCUCACUGGAAUAAUGUUUAUGAUUUACAGGUGAAAUAAGGCAUUUUUAUCAAUAUAAAGGCAACCUUGGCUUAUACAGCCUCUAUCGUGAAUAUUGACGUCUUUACUUCACUGUCAACAAUAAAUAUAUUUUCUGACACAGA